GCGUUUAAAUAAGUACCUGGGAGGAGUCGGAGAGGGAGUCGCAGCCGCAGACGUCCUGCAGUAACAAAGAAAGUCUCGCACCGUGAAGUCGGAGCUCACUGGGCCGUUUUAGACGCGCCCCCUCCGGAGCCUCCUGCUGCCGGACUGCGCUGGAAAAACGCACAAUUUAACUGCGCCUAUGUUGCGCUUCAGUCACGCUCCUGGUUUCAUGUUUGUAGUCAACAAGCAGCAUGGCGGAGGCGACUGUCCGUAUGUCCGGGAUUGUUUUAGCUUCUCUGAUGUUCCAGCAUGUUAACAGCGAUUCAGACGUGGAAGGCCUCAUCCUCGGAGAGAGCAGGUUUGAUGAGCAGGUCACCAUCAGCGACUCUCAGGCGGACCACAUUCACAUUGAGGAGAUCUACAAUGUCCAGAAGCACAUCGCCUGCCGCAGACUGAACGACUUCUACAACAGCGCAGGAGAGGUGGACAUGAACGCCAUAAAGAGCAUCCUGGCAGACAAUAAGCAGGAGAGCGUGAUUGGCUGGUACCGACAGCGCAGGAACACGGAUCAGCAGAUGACGUUCAGAGAGAAGGUCAUCCACGAGAAGCUGAAGGUGUCUCUGUCCAACCCUCACAUGAUCUUCCUGCUGCUGACGCCCAGCAAGGUAACGACCGCAGGCUCCACCCACAGGAUGGAGUACGCCGCCUUCAUCUCCCGCAGCAGGCGGAUCAUGAACGUCCCUGUACUCGUCAACAACCUGGGUUUACUGGAGCAGCUGGCGUACUGGAAGGUGUCUGCGCCGUGCUCGGCAGAGGGUUAUAACUCCACCAUGAAGAAACACGGGUCCAGGUUCUUCUCCUCCAAUGGGCUGCUGAGAGAAGUGAACGACGUGAACACGAUGAACGAGUCUCUGCAGGCGGAGCUGCAGAAAGCGUGCAGCGACGUGGAGGAGAGCGAGCGUCUGGUCGAGGCUCUGCAGGCCGACGUGGCGGCGCUCAGGGGGAGGCUGAGCGAGAGAAAGCAGAGCGGCAAGGGAAAAGCUGAGAGAGGAUCUGGACGUGUCUGUAAAACGACCCCAGAUGUGCAGAGUCGGGUCUUCAGAACAGCAGAGUCCAGGUUCAGGUCUGUUUCCUGUCUGUCAGCAGCUGCAGACGAGGAUCCACCCGAGCAGAGGAACAACCUGCUGCUGCACGAGGCCGUCAGGGCCCUGUUCGCCCGCUCGCCUCUCUUCCACUCUCAGACUCUGACCCUCGAGGCCUUUCCUGUUCCCGACGACUGCUGCGGCGCCGACGGGCGGGAGGAAGACGUCUCCACAACAACGAACGCUCAGGAAACUCUCUCCCUGCUGCACCCCGGCAGGACGAACUCCCGGAAGAGACCGAGAGAGAUGCUGCCGGGGUCGGAGAGGAAACGCAGGAAGAGCAAGUCCUGAAGUGAAAACGAGAUGCUGCUCAGGAACUGAUCUGCUUCGGAUUCUGGGACCAAACUACCCUUUAAUCGGUGCUGCUUCUUCUUCUCGUUCACAUUCGAGGGUCGUUUCUGUUUUUUUUACAGCCGAUUCAGCUGCUCACUGAAGCAUCUACUGCACAGAUUCCUGCAAGUCAUUUCAACACCAACACACGUGGUAAAAGGUUUAAAACUACAGAAAUGAGCCUUUAAGCUGAUUUUAAUGUCACUAAUCUGUUUAUCUGCAGUUAUGAUGACCAACAGUUUCUGUCACAAAGCAUGUAACCCUGUUUUCUGACAGUUAUUGAAAUGUUUAAAGGUGCUGAUAAAGAGAUUUCUUUAUGUUAAAAA